AUGUCGGAACAGCCGCAGACACAAGGAGGUGCUGCACCUCCCGCAAGUGGAGGCGGGGCCGGAGGAGUACUGCCCAUGGCCGAGAUUACCCAGGCAGCAGAAGCAGCGAAAGCCGCCGCGCGCUUUCAAGACGCCGCCGACGCUCUCAAGAAGCAGGCUGCUCUUGUCAGGGACCCUGCUGAGCGGGAGCGGUUAUGGCAGGCUGCGUAUGCGAAGGAGAAGGAAGCACAUGGGGAGAGCAAAAAGGCAAGAUUAAUGGCAUCAGGAUGGGGCCAAGGCACCGGUUUUGGGAUCGGGAUAUCGAGCGCAGUAGGGAUGGGUCUGGGCAAUCUCGUCGGGGCACUGCUCAGCGGCGUCGUCGCCGUCCCAGGCAGCCUGAUCGGCGCGGGUGUCGGCGCCAUUCACGGACCAUGGUACAGAUUUCAGGACGCAGUGACCGGAAACGGUGGUGGUAAGACGAAAGCUGAUGAGAAUACUGGUCACGACAGGCUUGGAAAGGACAUCAAGAAAUCGGAUGGCUUUGAGACGGACGAUUCGGAGCAGGACGAGGAGAGCCACAAGGCAAUUGUCGAGGCUGCCAGGAAGCUGGAGGAGGAGGAGAAGGCUAAGACAGAGAGCGAGAAGACGGAACAGAAGUGA